GGGAUCCCUUUGAUCUUUCGAGUUCGCCACAUCUGUCAUUUAAACUGCGCCCGAGUGCCUAGUGCAAUCGCUUCUUCAGGAAAGAAAAGCAUGCCUCUCAGAGUACAAUGGCUGGAAACAAACGGGAUCAGGCCUUUGUGGUAAUCACCGGAGAUCCGCAACAAGGACAUGGCGCGCGGCUAAGCCAGGCACGAUCGCAUCUGGCACGGAGAUAUCAUGGAAAAAAGAGGUCGCAAAAUACGAGCACUCGACAGGCUCGGCAGGUCCUAGCGUUACAUCGUACACUACAUGCUGUUCCUCCGGACAUUCGCCUCUUGUUAACACCGCCGCCGACGCCGAUGUCCAUGCCUGGGUAUAAUAGGAUGCAGCGAUUCAUGUAUGAAUAUGUCAAUUCUGGUGCAGGCCUUCCCAGAUUCUUUUCAUCGAUUAUCUAUGCGGCGGUCACCCAUCCGGCUCUUAUGAGUGCGAAGAUCCUGAAUGCAUCGGCUUGGGAUGAUAUUAGUUCGACAGAGCAUAUCAGUGCUAUCACGCUCCAGCAAUCGCAUAUCACCAGACGAUUAUUGAACGAGUCACUAGCACAUCAAGAACAAUGCUUUAGCGACGUGUCUACCGCGGCUUUGAUAGCGGUGCUACUUUUUGAUUUGGUCAAUUUUGACCUCAAUGCAUUUGAGAAUGAUAGGACGGGUCUUGAAUGUAUUAUCAACGCUCGUGGAGGUGUUGAACGCCUAGGAUUUGAGGGACGCUUGGGUGAGAGCUUGCUGCUGAUUGAACAAUUUCAGAGGAUUGUGAAAAGUCCCCUCGACAGCUGGAAGACCUGCUCACCGGAAGAUUUCGCGGUCCUUCCAUUCGCGCAAAUAGACACGAGCGUUUUCACACUCGGAUCACAUGUCGAUGACUCUCUUUGGUCUUUCAUUCAGCCACUUACAGAUCUCUACCAAUCGGUCAUGCAUUUCGGGAUCCGUGCUCCAUCCGAAAAAGCAGCCCUACAGCUCGAAAAUCAUGAAUAUUCUAUCACUCCGUCUAGACCCCACAUACCAAUAGAGCAUUCCGAUCACAGCCAGCGGUCGAGUCAGGAUGACCCAAGAAUGUCGGCUCUACAUCAAGCACGGCACCUGCUCGACUUGUCAAAUUCCGGAUUCGAAGGUGACCCGUACCUGAUUUAUGCCGUUGCCCACUUAAAGCAUGUGCUGCGCCAGACAGAUCUUGAUGGAUUCUGGGGUCCACUACCCGGUGCAUUGAUUUGGUGUCUGGUCAUCGGUGCUCGCCUAUCACAGCCGGGAUCGAGUAGAAAGUGGUUUAUGAUGCAAAUCCAACGAACCAGUUGUGCGAUGGCGCAGGAUGGUUGCGAGAAGGUCAUUCUAUGCCUGCGAACUGUUCUAGUGGGGCUCGAUGGGGCUCAGAUUUGUAGGCCCGAGGUCCGUCUGACGAGUUAUGUAUGAACCAUUCGAGUUAAAAUGUUUCUGUGACGCCGGUAGAUACCAUAGGUACCAAAUCCCAAGACCAAUGGGACAUGGAGUGUCACAUAGAGAGAUGGAGCUACGCGUAUAUGAAUGUACAGUCGAGUACCCCGCGACAGCAGUGGUAAAGGGAACGUCGGCAGUUUGGGAUGGUCGCGGGAAACAGAUUUACUCCGAGUGGCCUCGGGCCAGAGAGGCGAAACUAGUCCGGCGCCCAGUGAAAUGUGGGGAAGCGUCUGGGGGGAGCGGGGCAGUGGUCCUCCGUACUGGAGUAAAGAAGUGCCAUAUGCUGUGGUUUGUACGUAGUUAGGACAUUAUCGUAG